AUGGCGCAGUCUCGCACGCUGCCACUGGUACCCCUACCGCACUCGGUCGUCCUCCUCCCCGGCGUCACCACCCGCGUGCCGCUCCAGAACCGCGCCGACAUCGCCGCCAUCCUCGCCCACAUCUACAGCAAAGCCAGCACGCCCCGUCCAGAGGGAUCCAGCGUGACGGUGGGUUGUGUGCCCUUGAACAGCCCGUAUCUCAGCCCCGACGGCAAGCAGUUGAUUGGAGAUGGCGUGGCGGAGAACAAGGCGAACAGCAGCACAACCCCCCGCGAUCCCGCACAUGCGAGCAAGGCGGAUCUCUAUCAAUAUGGAACCAUGGCCCGGGUCAGCGGCGUACAGGGUCGCAAACCGGGCGAGUUGAUGUUGGUGGUUGAGGGCGUCAGUCGCUUUAAGAUUGAGAAAAUCACGCGCGAAAGAGGAUAUUUUGAGGCGCAGGUCCUUCUGCAUCAGGAGGAACGCAUCGCGGAGAACAACCAACAAGUGGCCUCCCUAUUCAACAACCUCAAGCAGCUCAGUCGGGAACUUAUCGCUCUCGUACGUCUUUCUGCCCUACUUCCCCGCGGUCCACAAACCACCCUCUCUCCCAUUUUGGCCCGUCGAUUGGAGUUGUAUAUCGUGCGCAAGGACCUGCAAGAAGCCGGUGUCUUGGCCGAUUUCAUGACCAACAUCAUCGAUUGCACUCACGAGGACAAGCUGCGGAUUUUGGCCGCCCUGCCGGUGGAAGAGCGUUUGGUACGAGUUACUGAGAUCCUCCAACGACAAAUCACCUCCAUCCAGGGCAACAGUCGGAUUUUGUCCGUCACCACCCAAAACAACACUCCUCAGACUACCGUCAUCGACCUGGACACCCUCAACAAGCUCCGCCAAGAUCCCCGAUUGCGAAAGUUGGGCAAUGGUCAGAAACCUGGCGAUGGAAUGCCACCGGGUUUGGGUGGCGGACAGCAGGAUGAUGAGGUCRACGAGAUUGAAGAGUUGAAGAAGAAGCUGGACGAUGCUGGCUUGAGUGUGGAGGCGAGGAAGGUUGCCGAUCGGGAGCUCAAGAGGUUGGCCAAGAUGAAUCCAGCACAAGCCGAGCAUCAGGUCUGCCGUAACUAUCUCGAAAACUUGGCCGAGAUUCCAUGGUCGAAGAUGACCGAGGACAAUCUCGAUUCUUCCACAAUGACACGAGCGCGGACACAACUCAAUGAUGACCACUACGGGUUGGAGAAGGUCAAGAAGAGGCUGUUGGAAUAUCUCGCCGUUCUCAAGCUCAAGCAGGCUGUGAAUAUGGAUCUAGACAAGCAGAUUUCGGCCAUUGCCAAAGCCGCCCAGCCAGAGGAAAAGGCAGUCAUCAAGGGAGAGGAAGAUGUGGCACCGACCACGCAAGUAACACGCAAAGACGAGCCACCUCGCGAGCAAUCGACCGAAGAGAUCAACCUCCUCAAACAUAAGAAGAUGGUCGAUAAGUCACCCAUCCUCCUCCUUGUCGGUCCACCUGGUGUGGGAAAGACCUCCCUCGCCAAGUCUGUUGCAACUGCGCUGGGUCGGGAAUUCCACCGCAUUUCCCUCGGUGGUGUACGAGAUGAAGCAGAGAUCCGAGGUCAUCGACGGACAUAUGUUGCAGCAAUGCCCGGUUUAAUCGUCAACGGAUUGAAGAAGGUCGGCGUUUCAAACCCCGUCUUCCUGCUGGACGAAAUCGACAAGGUGGGAGCUGCUUCCAUCCAUGGAGAUCCAUCGGCCGCAAUGCUUGAAGUCUUGGAUCCUGAGCAGAACUCGACUUUUGUGGAUCACUAUGUCAACAUUCCAAUCGAUCUGAGUAAAGUCCUCUUCAUCGCCACCGCCAACAGUCUUGAUACCAUCCCAGCUCCUCUACUCGACCGCAUGGAGACUAUUCAAUUAUCAGGCUACACUACACUUGAGAAACGUCACAUUGCCACUCGACAUUUAAUUCCCAAGCAAAUCACAACCAACGGCCUGAAGUCGGAGAAUGUCCAAAUGAAGGAUGAGGUCAUUGACAAGGUCAUUACAUCCUACACCCGCGAAUCAGGUGUUCGUAAUCUUGAGAGAGAGAUUGGGUCAGUCUGUCGCUCAAAGGCUGUGCAAUUCGCAGAGGCGAGGGAUACCAACACACUCGCUGCAUACGUUCCGACUGUGACGGAGGAAGAUUUGGAAGAAAUGCUAGGGAUUGAACGCUACGAAGAAGAGAUUGCCGCCCGCGACUCCCAACCCGGCGUCGUCACCGGUCUCGUCGCAUACAGCAUGGGAAAUCAAGGCAGCAUCCUCUUCAUUGAAAUUGCMGACAUGCCCGGCUCGGGACGCGUACAACUCACCGGCAAACUCGGCGACGUUCUCAAAGAAAGCGUCGAAGUGGCCCUCAGCUGGGUGAAAAGCCACGCCUACGAACUCGCCAUCACCCACGAUCCCAGCGAGGACAUCAUGAAGAGCCGCAGCAUCCACGUCCACUGCCCUUCAGGCGCCGUCCCCAAAGACGGCCCCUCAGCCGGUCUCGCCCACACCGUCGCCCUCAUCAGUCUCUUCUCCAGCAAGCGCGUCCCGCCCACCAUCGCCAUGACGGGCGAAAUCGCCCUACGGGGCAAAGUCAUGCCCGUCGGAGGUAUCCAGGCGAAACUCAUCGGGGCGCUGGCGGCUGGAGUGCGCAAAGUGUUGAUUCCCGCGCAGAAUAAAAAGGACAUCAAGGAUUUACCUAGAGAGGUGUUGGAGGGGUUGGAAAUUGUUACUGUGGGGCAUAUUUGGGAGGCUUUGCCGCAUAUUUGGCCUGGAGAUGAGUGGCCUGGUCAGAGGGGCUGGAGUGGUAUGGAGAGUCGGUUGUAA